AUGGUCAAGCACCAGCGCCGAUCCCAUCAACCAGGUGCUCUUGUCGACGACGCCACCAGCGAGUCCGGAGGAGAUGACUCGCCUUCGACCCCGAGGGCGCAUCACGCCAACAUCUGGGGUCAACAACCGCACGGGCAGAUGAUGAUGCACAACGGAAUGGGAAUGCAGCGACCUAUCCCUGGGCAAUACAUGCAAGCUCCAUACGAACACCGUCACAGUCUCUCGUCUAACGGACCCGAAUACCCCAACAACAUGCACUCAGAACAUGCUAUGAUGCGCCGUAUGUCGGGUGCUCCGAUGCCUCAGCAGUACUUUGUCGAAGCCCACAACCCAGCUGUUGCAACUAUGAACGCCAACCAAUUCCAAAACGUACCACGACAACACGCUUAUACCGAACCUGGCCUGACGGCUUCGCUGAACAGCAGCCCUAGCACGUUCUCCUCGGCAUCCGUGCGAAGCCCCGUAGGUGACAACAGCUUCAACAACUACGCUCUUCAUUCGACGCAAGCUGCGACGCAUGCUCUACAGGGUGCCGAGCACCAGCACGCUGCUAUGGGACAGUUCCAGCACCCGGCAACGACGCAGGCUAUGAUGCCAAACCAGUCGAUGAUGGCAAUUUCCAUGCACAACCAGCAUUCUCAACAGCAACACCCACAGUCCCCAGGGACUCAAGGUGUUUACCACCAGCAGCUCGCUGCAUCGGCUCCGGACAAUUCACAGGGCAUGUAUGCCACCGGUCUAACUGCCUACCAGGAUCCAGUCAGCGCUGGGCAUGUGCCUGCUUCUUAUGGAUGGGGCAUCCCUGAGGUCAAAUUCGAGGAUCCGUCUGGUUUGGGCCUGGGCAUGCCUUCUGACAGGAUUGCACAAAUGGGCUAG